AUGGCUGCUGGUGCAGAGGUUUCUGGUGAGGCCGUUGUUGUUGCUAAGACCAUUAUUGAAGGGAAAAUUGAUAAUCCAGAUUGUGUUGAGCCUAGGGAAAAUGAUGUGGCUGAUGAUGGUCAUAAGGGCUCUGAUCAGAACCCGAAAUCUGGAAUGCAAAUGAAGGAAAUUGUUGAUAUGCUGAAGAAGCUCAAGUUGAACCCCAUGGCCAAGGAGUUUUUCCCUUCCUCCUAUCAUCAGGGCCAAAUGGGGGCUAACAAUCUUGUGCCUAAUGAUAAGAAUUUUGGAAUUGAUGGGAUGCCGAACAAUCGAAGGAGAAGGAGUAACUUCAACCAGGGCAAGAAAAGAAUGAGUGGCAGAGCUUCUAGAGCUCAAAGAGAAGAUAGUGUUAGACGAACUGUCUAUGUAUCUGACAUUGAUCACAAUAUCACUGAGGAGCAGCUAGCUGCAUUAUUCAGUGGCUAUGGACUGGUUGUUGACUGUCGAGUUUGUGGGGAUCCACACUCUCAUCUUCGCUUUGCUUUUGUGGAAUUUGCUGAUGACUAUUCUGCUCGAGCUGCUCUUAGUCUUAAUGGGACACUUUUGGGUUUCUCCCCCGUGAAAGUUUUACCUUCCAAAACUGCCAUUCUACCUGUGAACCCAACUUUCCUUCCUAGAUCAGAGGAUGAGCGCGAGAUGUGCGCAAGGACAGUCUACUGCACAAACAUUGAUAAGAAGGUAGUUACUCAAGCUGAUGUCAAGAAUUUCUUCGAAACAAGAUGUGGCGAGGUCUCACAGUUGCGGCUCCUUGGGGAUCACGUGCACUCGACAAGGAUUGCUUUUGUAGAAUUUUACAUGGCUGAGAGUGCAAUAGUGGCACUCGAUUGUUGUGGUGAGGUUCUUGGAUCCCAACGCAUCAGGGUAAGUCCUUCAAAGACACCCGUGAGGCCUCGUAGUCCGCGCCCCGGAAUGCAGUAA